AUGCCGCCUCUCGAACCUUUUCCUAUCCACUCUUCAGUGGAACCUAGUGAUGAGAUUUGUGUUGAAGGCGAAAUAAAAUCUCUAAUAUAUAAAAAAAAAUUAGAUGAGGGUAUUUUUUUAAAAGAUACAGUUCCCUCGAUUACAGAAAUAAAGAAAAAUAUUCCUGCUAAAUAUUUUAGUCCUUCAAUUAAAACAUCAUUUAAAUAUGUUGCCUGGGAUUUAAUGAUUGUUGCUAUCGUAUUUGCUACUUAUCUUACGCUUGAUUCCAUCGGAUCUAUUCCAUCAAUUGUUAAAAUCUUUGUUAUACUUCCCUCUUACGCAUUUAUUCAAGGCACCAUGUUUUGGGCUAUUUUUGUAUUGGGUCAUGAUUGUGGUCAUGGUAGUUUUAGCCGUUACCCUUGGCUCAAUGACGUCGUCGGAACAUUUCUUCAUACUUUGAUCCUUGUUCCCUAUACUCCUUGGAAAUUAAGUCACCGUCAUCACCACAAAAACACUGGCAAUAUUGAUAAAGAUGAAGUAUUCUUUCCCCUGAGAGAGUCAGAAGCUUUUUCAAUGACUAAAGGUGUUAAAAGCACAAAACUCAUCCCUUAUUUUGGAUUUGGUAUCGGUUGGAUCAUUUACUUGAUUGUUGGUUAUGGAACAAGAGCAACAUCUCAUGUAAAUCCAUACGACCCUCUUUUCGCUAAAAAUCGCGCUGGCGCUAUUACUUCAGUUACUUGUGUACUUUUGGCACUGUUCGUUCUUUGUAACGCCUCUAUUCAUUUCGGUAUUUUGGCUGUAGUAAAAUACUAUUUCCUUCCAUGGAUAAUUUUUGCUUCUUGGUUAGUGAUCACUACUUUUCUUCACCAUCAUGGUUCCGAAGAAAAUAUAAAACUUCCGUGGUUUUCCAACGAUCAAUGGAACUAUGUCGUUGGUAACCUUUCUUCUGUUGACCGUGACUAUGGCACCUUACAUGAUGUCACUCACUCUAUUGGUACACAUCAAGUUCAUCACUUGUUUCCAGCAAUUCCACAUUAUUAUCUUAAAGAAGCUACAACCUCGUUCCGAAAACGCUAUCCUCAAUUUAAACGUGAAUCUAAUAAACCAAUUAUCAAAUCUUUUAUUGAUACCUUUACCGUAUGGAAAAGACAAUUUAUCAUCUCUGAUGAUACAAAAGUUUUCGUUUACACAAAUGAAAACGAAGGAAAGAAACAAAAAUAA